AUGUAUCGUAAUAUUUGGGUUCGUAAACAAGAUAGAAAAUAUCAAAAAAUCUUAUGGAGACCGUUUCCCGAUGCACCCAUUGGCAUCUAUGAAUUAAAUACCGUAACUUUUGGUCUAUCAUCAUCUCCCUUUCAAGCUAUCAGAACCAUCAAACAACUAUCCCGAGACGAAUGUUCCAAAUAUUCUCAAUCUAUUUCUAGAAUUCUUGAGAACGAUGUCUAUAUUGAUGAUGUGGUUACAAGUAUCGACUCCUUGGAUAGCGCUAAAACCAUUUGCGAGGGUUUGCAGACUGUAUUAUCGUCUGGUGGUUUUGAAUUAAAAAAGUGGGAAUCUAAUAAUUCUAAUCUGCGUAAACUUUUUUCUGAUUCUGAUGUACAAAAUAAACAUUUCUCUAAAUCGGAUUUUCAAAUGGAAUCUUCUACAAAGGUAUUGGGAUUAAAAUGGGAUCCCUUAUCAGAUAAUUUUUCAUUCGAAAUAAAGCUUACGUGGAGAAAAUGGACAAAGAGACAACUUCUUUCAGUAAUAGCGCGAAUCUGGGAUCCUCUGGGUUUCCUAACUCCGAUAGUUGUUAAGAUAAAAAUAUUAUUGAAAAAAAUUUGGACAUUAAAAAUCGAUUGGGAUGAGGAAUUACCAUCAUUUAUUAUUACAUCAUGGUUAGCCGUAUAUUCCGAAUUAGAGCAUCUUAAUAACUAUCAGAUUCCGCGUUAUCUCGAAACAUCAAAACAAAACAAAUGUUCAUUAUUUGGUUUCGCGGAUAGUUCAGAGCAAGCGUAUGGAGCGGUAGUUUAUAUUAAAUCUCUUGGCAAUCCGAAUUUCUUGUUGAUUUCAAAAUCGCGUGUAACACCGAUUAAAAACCAAACAUUAGCCAGGCUUGAACUUUGUGCCUGUCAUUUACUGUCAAAACUUCUGAAUUUUAUAUUAACGAAUAACCAACAUAGUAUAGAUUUUGAUUCUAUUUACUGUUUUUCCGAUUCUAUGAUUGUCCUUCACUGGUUAGCAGGACCGGCUACUCGUUGGAAAACAUUUGUAGCCAAUAGGGUAACAAAAAUACGGGAUCUCAUUCCUAAUGCACAAUGGCUUCACAUUCCUUCUAAUCAAAAUGCAGCCGAUUGUGUUUCUCGAGGUCUUCGACCUAAGGAUUUUAUCCAACAUAAGAAUUGGUUGUUUGGGCCGGAUUGGUUGAAUGGUCCUAUAUCAACUUGGCCUGCAAAAACGGUUGAACCUUCCGGAGAUAUUGAUCAAGAAAGAAAAGCUAACGCUCUAAUAGUAAAGAGUGUCAUACCACCGAUCAAUCCUUUAUAUGAAUUAACGCAAAAAUUUUCUAAUUGGUGCAAACUUGUAAGAAUUUUCGCUUAUAUAUUGAAGUUUUGUAAAAUUAUAACAAAUCGAAACCGACUUUUGACUUCAGAUUUGAAACAAGCCGAGGUUAUUAUUAUUCGUUAG